AUGGAGAAGGUUUCACGGCUAGCCGAGGACCACAACCCAGCCCUGCAGCCCCCUGCCCAGCCCUCGAGACCUCCCCAAACCCAGCUCCUGAGGAGUAACAGCAGUCUCCGCACAUUCGAGGACCAAGUCCUCUGUCCCAUUUGCCUGGAGGUGUUCCUCAACCCGGUCACCACCGCCUGCGGGCACAACUUCUGCAUGACCUGCCUCCAAGGUUUCUGGGACCACCAGGCCUCCAUGGGCAAGACCCUCUACUGCCCCCAGUGCCGAGAGAGCUUCCCCUCCAGACCGCGCCUCUGCAAGAAUGGCAUCCUGCAGGAGAUGGUGACCUGCUUCACCCAGGCCAAGGGCCAGACCUUGGGAUCCCCCCGGAUCCUGGCGGGGCCCGGGGACGUGCCCUGCGACUUCUGUUCUCCGCAGAAGCUCAAGUCAGUCAAGUCCUGUCUGCAGUGCAUGGCCUCCCUGUGCGAGAAGCACCUGCUCAGCCACUUCGAGGACCACGCGUUCCAGGACCACCAGCUGCUGGAGCCCGUGUGGGACCUCCAGAGCCGCGUGUGCCGGAAGCACCGCAAGCUGCGGGCCCUGUACUGCCGCACAGAAGGCUGCUGUGUGUGCGGGGCCUGCCUGCUGGAGGAGCACGAGAACCACGACACCCUCCCUGAGGAGGAGCGGGCCCGCGAGGAGGUGGAGGUUCGGAAGGUUCAGGCCAGUGUGGAAAACCAGAUGCUGAUCAUCAACUCUGACAGCCAGAAGCACCGAGGGCAGGUGGCCUUUCUCUCGAAACUGAUCCAGACAACACGUGAGGAGGUGAACACCUGCUUCUCAGAGAUCAUCCAGGAGGUCAGACAGCUGCAGAUGAAGGUCUUGGAUUUUGUGGAGAAAGAGGAGGCCACCGCUCUGGGGAAGCUAGGCAGCUCCAUCCAGCAGAGCCACAACCGGCUCCUGAAGCUGGAGGGGGACAGCAUCUGGCUCCGCACCCUCCUUGCCAACAGGAGUGACCAGCAGUUUCUGCAGGAGUUCCCCAGGCUGAAACACUUCCCUGCCUACGUGGAACCCCUGAUGGGAACCAACUGUGAGGAGAAGCAGACCUUCCUCCAGUUGCCAGAGACCCUGGCGGAGCUCCGCAGCCGGCUGAUGGAUGUGGGUCUCAGCUUCAUCAAUCAGCUCCUCCUGAAGGGCAUUAAGAUGAACUCCUAUGAGGUGCUGCCGCCAGCUGUGGACAGAAAAACACUUCUCAAGUGUUACUGCAACCUGAACUUUGACCCCACCACGGCCAGCGAGGAGCUGUUCCUGUUCACGGAGACCCACUCGGUGCUGAACCUGGGCAUCCUGCUGGAGCCCUUCGCCGCGGGCGGCCCCUUCCCCGGCUUCAAGCAGUGGCCGCAGGUGCUGUGCUCGCGCGGCCUGUCCGAGGGCCGCCACUACUGGGAGGCCGACGUGUCCAACUCGUGGGUGUGCCUGGGCCUCACCUACCGCCGCAGCCCCCCGCUCGGCGGCCGCCCGCGCCGCAACGUCGUCUACCUGCUGGGCCGCAACCCCUACUCGUGGUGCCUGGAGUGGGACUCGCUCAAGUUCUCCGUGUGGCACAACAACACGCAGACGGUGCUGCACGGCGGUUACCAGCGCACGCUCGGCGUGGCGCUCGACUGCGGCGCCGGCUGCCUCUCCUUCUACUGCGUGGCGGGCGGCGUGAGCCUGCUCUACCGCUUCCUCGUCUCCUUCCUGGAGCCGCUCUGCCCCGCGGUCAUGGUCAGCAGCGGCGCCUCGGUCACGCUCAAGCAGCACCCGGAGGGGGGCGUAGGCCGCGGUCAAUAA